GGCUUUUGGCAAUUCAUUUUCGCGUGACCGCGUUCGUGGCCAACCAAGUGUUGCAGCGCUGAAAGUCUACAGCGGUACCUGAGACUUCAGCUAGUAGCUUCAGUUGAGACUUCUUGUGGACAUCCCAGUAUGGGGACUGCGCGGGCAGCAUCCUUCUAUUAUGAGGAUCCUGACCCGGAUCAGGAACCGGAGCAGUAUGAGCUUCAGGCUAUUGCUGCUUUUUUGUUUCAUCUAAAAGAACAAAAGCGAAGCAGAUCUGAUAUCAUCCUACUUCGGCUCCUGAUCAACCACAGCCGGAUCAAAGGGCUGCUGGACUGUGGAGCCACCAGGAACUUAAUGUCUCCCAGUGCAGUUAAGAAACUGCAUCUGGGCAUGAAAGUUAUGCAGCUGCAGCAACCACUGCAGGUCAGGAUAGGAGACUCCACUGUUCUUACCAUCAGGGAGAAGGUUAGGGGCAUCCCUGUUACCUUCGACAGCGCUGGAGAAGUCAGACAUAGUCUGAACUUCUACAUCUUCCCUGACUUACCCUUUGAUCUGGUAUUCUCCAUGCAGUGGCUGAAAGCAGUCAACCCAAGGAUCGACUGGCAGAUCCCCAAGGUUGAGCUGCCUGACAGCAAGGGGGUGUAUCAGCCAUGCAUGAUUGCUGCUGAACACCACCCUAAGACUUCAUGCUUCUGCCUGAGAGCGAGGGAGUUUUAUGCUCUCUCUCGCCAGUAUGACCAUGAGCAUCUGUUCCUAGCUCUGGUCAAGCAAACAGACGUUCCCACUGUUGUCUGUCCUCCUGAGAUACAGCAGGUAGUUGACCAGUAUGCUGAUCUGAUGCAGGAGCCCAUUGGACUACCCAACAAGCCAACCAAGCAUCACAUCGAGCUGCUGCCUGGAGCGGUCCCUCCCAAGGGCCGCAUCUACAGGAUGUCCCCUGCUGAGCUUGAGGAGCUCAGAAAACAGCUUGAGACCCUGACCAGCAAAGGCUGGAUCAGACCCAGCACAUCUGAAUUCGGUGCACCUGUUCUCUUUGUGCCCAAAGGGAACGGCGAGUUCAAGAUGUGCAUUGACUACAGGGGUCUCAACAAGAUCACUAGGAAGAGCACUGAGCCACUUCCUAGGAUCGAUGACCUGCUGGACAUGGUCCAGGGAUGUACGAUCUUCAGCAAAGUCGACCUCAAAUCUGGCUACCGCCAGACUGAGAUGGCUGAGGAGGACGUCUACAAGACAGCCUUCAAGACCAGAUAUGGUACUUACGAGUAUCUGGUUAUGCCAUUUGGACUUUGCAAUGCACCUGGCACGUUCCAGACAGAGAUGCACCGCAUCUUCAGGCCUUACCUGGAUAAGUUUAUGGUUGUCUACCUGGACGAUAUCCUGGUAUUCAACAAAACUACCAGGGAACAUGCGGAGCACCUGGCUCUCGUUCUUCAGUCGUUACGUGACAGCCAGUAUAAGAUUAACAAAGAAAAGUCCUCUUUUGGGCUUCCCUCUGUUAUCUAUCUGGGUCAUGUAAUCUCUGGAGAUGGUCUGGCUCCUGAAGCAGCCAAAAUUGCUGCUAUUCAGGAGUGGCCACAACCUCAGACAGUGAGAGAUGUUCGGUCCUUCUUGGGUUUGGCCGCAUACUACAAGAAGUUCGUCAGGAACUUUUCUGCAGUGGCUACACCCCUGACUAACCUCACAAAGAAAGAUACUCCCUUUCUUUGGUCCCUUCACUGUCAGAUGGCCUUCGCACGACUCAAACAGGCCUUGACUCGUGCCCCUGUAUUGAAGCUACCUGACCCCACUUUGCCUUUUGUCCUGACUACUGACGCCAGUCAGUAUGGCAUUCGGGCAGUACUUCAACAGGAUGAUGGGAAUGGUCUACGGCCCGUGGAGUACAUGAGCAAGAAGAUCAAGACCCAAAAGCUUCAGGACUCCACCUACGAGAAAGAGUUGUAUGCUCUUGUCAGUGCCCUAAAGCAUUGGAAGCACUUUCUCCUGGGAAGACACUUCAAGAUCUUCUCAGAUUAUUCCACCCUGCAGUGGUUGAAGUCCAAAGGAGAGUUGAAUGACAAGCUGGCACGAUACAUUCAGUUCAUUGACAUGUUUGACUUUGAACUGAAGCAUAAGAAGGGCUGCUACAAUAAGGUAGUUGAUGCCCUCUCUCGUAGGCUUGACUCUUUUGCAUUGAUCUCCUCUACUCACUCCUUUGGAGAGGAGACCCGUCAGACCAUUGCUCGCUUACUGCCUCAGGACCCGACUUAUGGACCCAUUGUCAAGAACUUGCAAGCUGAUCCCAAUUCUGAACUUGGCUAUGUGAUGAGUUCAUAUCUGCUGUAUACCUACAGCAGAGGGGAGGAGCGCUUAUGCAUUCCUAAGCAUCAACAACUUAGGACACUGCUGAUGUCAGAGUGCCAUGAUGCGCGUGGACACUUUGGGUUCUUAAAGUCAUAUGCAGCCCUGUCGCAGCGCUUCUUCUGGAAGGAGAUGCGGAGUGAGAUGUUGCGCUAUGUGGAAACCUGUGAGCUAUGUCAGAGGAACAAGGUUCAGCGGAAACCUCCUCUAGGACUGCUCAAACCCCUACCCAUACCUGAUGGUCCUGCUCAGUCUGUGUCCAUUGACUUUACAGACUUAGGCAAGACCACCCCUCGUGGCAUGCGUGGACAGGUUCUCCAAAUACGCAGAGUUCAUCCCCUUACCAGAGGUGGCGAGGGUCCCGGCUGUGAGAGCAGCCUUUUCUGAGAGGUGGGUCACUCACCAUGGGCCGCCCACUUCCAUCGUCAGUGACCGAGAUCCCCGAUU